UCCCACCUCUGGACACGGCUAUAGCAAGUGGAUUCUUGGCGUCAUGGCUCUUUCCACUGGAAGAAAUGAGAUUUGUUCGUCGGUUAUCCGGCGUCAUUUUCAGCCAGGCAUGGAAGAACUCGUGGGCUUUGCUCAGUGUCUGAUAGAAGCCGGGACGGACCUGAGCAUGUGUCACAACAUGAAGAGGCACAUUGUCAGAGCAUCGCAAGAAAUGGGGGAGGCUCUGCAAGAGCUCCAAGGAGGCCUGACUACUAUUGAUGCCAAAUCUGUCCAGUUGGUGGCACAGAAGCAAUACUUGGAGUGGGAGAGGCAAGCACAGGCUGAGAAACUCCGUAGCCUAAGGCACCAAAUGGAUUCACACAACAACCUGGAAAGCAGGUCCAAAGGGAUGCUGGAAACAGCUCAGAAGCAUCUUGAAGAAAUGCAGCGGCAGCUCUACCGAAAAGAGGGUGAAGUCCAGCACAAUGAGAUGAUAAGAAACGCUGGCCUCACAAUGAUGUUCAUCCCGAUUGUGGGAACGAUCGCUGGUGGUAUCAUAGCUUUUUGUAGCCAAAUGGCCCUCGAUGCUGCCCAGAAGGCUAAGAGAGAAGCUGAAGUUGAAGUGAAUCGCCAUUCUGCAGAGGUUGCCCGGUGCGCAGCUGAAAUCGACAGCUGCCAAACUGAGAUAAGAGAAGCUGAAGCCAAAAUUUGGACAAGCAAAAACAGACUCUCUUCAAUUGAAUGGGAAAAACAGUGGCUGACUUCACAGCAAGCAGAAGUGGUGACCCUUCAGAACACCCUGAGAAAAUGUGUGACCUUCCUAGCCGUUCUGUCAGGGAAAGUGGACAUGGCCGAACUCUUAACUCGUGAUGUUGUGAUCUAUCGUGAGCUUGAAAGGAUUCUUGAAGAAAUUGUCAAUCAUGUGUUCCCCUUGAUGGGGCAGGGAAAUCAAACGUGUGUGAUGGCCCUCUCCACCUCUGAAAUACGAGACCUUGUUGGAAGGUUAAAAUGUGCUAGAGAACAACUCAGUUUAGAAGGGCCAAGGUCAGGAUGGGGAAAUGUUGCCAUAGACUUCUAGCCAGCCAGUCUCAGGCAGCACAAAGGCCUGAGAAGUGGCAAUUCAGGCAAGCAUGCUAAGGUCCCAUAUCCAUGUAAGUGUGUAAGUCACAUUACACUUCUAGUAA